AGGAGACCAUCGCUGGGUCCUUCUGAUCUCCAUCACAGUCUCGGAUGCGGAUGCGGGCGGGUCCACACGCCACGGAGCCGAGACGUGGGGGGGGGGUACCGUGUUUUAGGGGUAACAAACCGCCGCAUCGGCUAUGAGCAUCCACGCCGUGGAGCAGAAGUAGACGCAGCUCUCACGCCACGGACGCGUCGAGGAUGAACGGAACCGCAGCGGCCACCGGAUCGGCUUCCUGCCGAUUCGCCCACUAUUUCGUUGAGUGCGGAGUGGACGCGGACACGGGCCUGGAGCCGGACGACGCAGCAGGUGAAGGCUUUCAGCAGAGCCCCAUUGGACGUUCGUUCAAGUCCAAGGUUCUGGUGCACUACCCCGAAAGCACAGACAGAAACCCCUUCAAUCCAGAUGCCGUCAACAUGCUCUGUAUGCCGAGAGGUCUCUCCUUCCGUACGCGGACUGACAAGCUCGAUCCUCAGUUUCACUCAUUCACGAUGUCCUUGGACGACGGUGCGCGUUCCUACGGCUUCGUCCACACCUUCUAUGAGGAGGUGACAAGUGCUCAGAUCAUCACGGCUAUGCAGGUUCUCUGCCAGAUGCACCACGUGGAGCACCAUUCAGCUUCAUCCGCCUCCUCUCCGUCCUCCUCGGCUUCAUCUGCGUCCUCGCCGUCCACCUCCAGCAUGGACUCGCUAGUGAGCAGCUUGGACGAGUCGGACACGGAAUCCUUGGUUUCCGCCUGCCUCGGCUGCGCGGGCUCCUUCGAUCCAGCCCGCGACACUCUGUACGUGUCCAAGGCGCUCUGCCUCCUCACGCCGCUCCCCUUCCUCCAGGCCGCUCGGGAGUUUCUGUCUCAGCUGCACCAGGCGGUGACGUCCCACACGGCCCCACCCCUCCCGAUCGAGAGCUACAUCCACAACAUCCUCUACGAGGUGCCCCUGCCUCCUCCGGGUAGGUCGCUGAGGUUCCACGGGGUGCAGGGCCCCAUCGUGUGCCAGCGGCCCGGCCCGGGGGAGCUGCCGCUGGGCGAGUAUCCGCUGGGGGAAGCCUUCUCACUGCUGGGCGUAGACAACGUGGUUCAGCUUCUCACGUGUGCACUUCUGGAGACACAGGUCCUGCUUUGCUCUCACGACUACCAACGUUUGAUGACAGUGGCAGAGGGCAUCACCACUUUGCUAUUCCCGUUCCAGUGGCAACACAUCUACCUACCCAUUGUUUCAGCGCCGCUACAUCACCUCCUGGAUGCUCCUGUGCCGUUCCUGAUAGGCAUCCAGCGCAGAGAUGGAGCUCAGCGCUCCGCACUGCACCUGCCACACGAGGCAAAUCUGUGCUUCGUGGACAUUGACAACAGCUGCGUGGAGGCCCCCGAGGACCUCCCCGUGUUUCCAGACCAGCUUGACUUAAUCCAGGAGUUGAGUGAGGUACUGCUGCGCUUCGGGCUCCCCCCACGGGGGGGUGCGGCCGCGGCGCCUGCUGCGGCCUCCCCUCGCCUCAGCAGCCUCGUGCUGGAGGAUCUGAUGGAGGACAGAAGGAACGGGAACCUGGGAGGUGAAGAGCUGGAGGUGCUGGAGAGGCUGCAGGCUCUGGCGCGACGGUGCGGAGGAGAAAAAACGCCCGAUGGAGGGAAGACGCUGGGACGCGUGUUUGAGGAGGAGGACGAAGGGUUGAAGGCUGCAAAGCUAAACAUUCAGCUGAGGGAGGUGUUUGCAGGACGUUUUGCUGCCCUGUUUGGCCGGUACGAGGAGUUUGUCAUCCACAGCGCUCUUGACUUGGACUCCUGGUUGAGCAACCGAGAGGCAACGUUCAGCUUUGACAAGGGUUCCUUCCUGUCACUUCAGCCUGGGACACACCUGCACUUCUUGUCCCGGUUCCUGGAGACAUCCAUGUUUUCUUCCUUCGUCGAUGGGAAAGUGAUUUCUCGCUGGGCGGAGAGAGAACCUCUGCAGCAGCUGUUCGACAGCCGCCUGCAGACAGAACGACUGUACGACACAGACGAAGAGGACUCCCGUAACUGUCGCUACAGGAAAUGCACCACGGUCUUUGAAUCAGCUCAGGUAAUCGAGCGCAGGCUGCUGAAGGCUGACCACACCGCCAUACACCCCCACCUGCUGGACAUGAGGAUCGGACAGGGCCGUCACCAUCCGGGCUACUUCCCUAAGCUGCAGGCUGAUGUGCUAGCACAAGGACAAAGCACCAACAAGUGGUCUGGACGUGUCACAGCAUCCCGCAGGACUGACCUCAAGAGAUCAAGUGUGACUGAAAACCCAGGAGUGGACAAUGAGCACAGACCGAAGAACACAUUUGUGAGGAAGAACCUUCGCCAGGCUAAGCUACUUGACUCGUCGCCUCAAGCUGUCACUCAGACUCAUCGGGAGUUUGUCGACGGGCUGCUCAGCGAGUGUCGACUGAAGACCAAACGAAUGUUGAUGGAGAGGAUGGGGAAGGAGAGCGUGGAACUGGGUCGGGGAGAAGUGAACAUCACAGGCCUGCAGGAAAACACACUCAUCCACGGUCUGUGUGACCUACUGGAGAGAACCUGGGGCCACGGUCUGCAGCUUAAACAGGGGAAGUCCGCUCUUUGGUCCCAUCUGCUUCACUACCAGGCAGCCCGGGUGAAGACGGAGACACCAGCUGAGUCCCCAGGGUCUGAUGGUUUGGACCAGAGAACGUUUGAUGUUGGCGCUCUGCUCCUGAGAGGAUCGCUCUUACAGGACAUGAGGUUUAUCCAGACCAUGGCGGAGGGUAUGUCUGAGGUAGGUCAGGCCCGGGCCUGGAUUCACCUGGCUCUGGAGAAGAAAAUGCUGUCUCAGCACCUUAAAGAGCUGCUUGCAAACCAGGAGCUGCUCAGGCAGCUUUACAAACCCCAUGCAUUCCUGCUCUGUGAGGAAGAGAGGGAGCAGUUUCUGUUCCACCUGCUCUCUCUCAACACUGUGGACUACCUAUGCUUCACACAUGUCUUCACCUCAGUCAGUAUUCCAUACCGUGUUGUCAUAAUACCCAUGAAGAAGCUGAGUAUUGCAAUGGCCACAGUUGACCCCUGGGUGUGCGUGUCGGGAGAACUAGGGGAUUCAGGCGUUAGACAGAUCCCGAAGAAUACACAGGAGAUUUUUUUCCAGUGCAAGAACCUGGGCAGGCUGAGCACGCUGCAACUGGGACAGGAGAACUCUGGCCUGCUGGCCAAGUGUCUGAUUGACAGUGUGAUGGUCUAUAACGAGGUCACCGGACACACCUACAAGUUCCCGUGUGGCCGAUGGCUGGGGAAAGGCGUGGGCGACGGCAGCUUGGAGAGAGUUCUCAUUGGUCAGCUGGUGCUACCUGGAGGGGAAGAGGAUGCAGGCAGGUGGACGGGGACGCCUCCGGAGCCGGCCUCUCCUUCUCAGAGUGUGCGGGCUGUGCUCGAAUCGCUUGGCAGCCGAAGCCGAAUACUGUCUGCUGAAGUACAUGAGGACAUGAGGGAGGCUGCAAAUAACCUCGUUAAGCACUUCCACAAACCUGAACAAGAGAGGGGAAACCUGACGGUCUUGUUGUGUGGUGAAGGCAGUCUGGUGCUUUCCCUGGAGAAGUUCCUCCUGCACGGGCUCAAAUCGAACCGUCUUUUCCAGAGGAAUGUGUUUGUUUGGGACUUUGUUGAAAAGGCAGUGGUUUGCAUGGAGACAGCUGACCAAAUGGGGGACAUGCACGGAUCAAUGCUGAUCAAAGAUCCCCCUUGUGACUUGCUGUGUCACUAUGUCAAUGCCAUCAAUGGCUCGUCACGAAACAUUGGGAAGGAGGGAAAGUUUCAGCUGUUUGUCUGCUUAGGGAUCCGGGACCGGCUCCUCUCCUGGUGGCUCCCCCUGCUGGCUGAGUGUCCCCUGACCGCCCGGACAUAUGAGGACGGCGCGCUGCUGCGGGACCGAGCUGCUGUACACUCUCUCUCCCGCAUCCUGCAAACACUGAAUGAGUUUACCAUCACCCUGGAGACUGCACUAGUCAAAGGAGUUGACCUCUGACCCAACAGAUAAGCCCCGGCUCUGUGACUUACUGCAGGAAUGCAGAUGGGUUCAAACUUUCAUCUUGCCCCGUGUGGGGAAGGGAAGGACAUUCAGGCACUUGAGAAAUGUGACCUUUUCAUAAAUGAAGACAGUGGACCAGAACAAGUCCCUCGAAGCAUAAGCUUCAAACAUAUUGCCUUGUUCACUGAUGUAAAUGUCUUUUAUGCUGUAUUUGCUUCAGGAAAUAGUCCGGUUUUCCCAUGAUUGUUUACACUGUGAAAUUUACGUUUCCUUAAAGGAGAAAUAGAAAGUUAUUUACCAUCUCACAUUUACAGUAGAUAUUUUAACAGCUCACUCCAUUAGAUGUACCUGAUCCAAUGACAACCAUAACUCUCCUUCAACUGCUGUAUUGCUUGCACUCAAACUUCAAACUAAGCACAUGCAUGGCCAAAAUAUGUUUGUUCAUUUUAUCUUAGUGGUUGUGAUCUAAAAUAUUAGGACUCAGGCCUUAUUGUACAGAAACAAGAAAAAAGACGUGACUUCAUCCUUCGGAUAUCUUAUUAAUUAUAUUCUACAAAAGAUAAUGUUCCCAAUUGUUGAUAUAUUACAAAAUGUUGUAUUAUGAUGCUGUUGUCUAACAUCUUGCCUGUUUAUCAUUGUUUACUUCAGUUUGGGAUCCCAUACUGAAGAGUCUUCUGUUGGUAAAAAACGGAAACCAAACUGGUCCUAAUUGUGUCACACUUUGCCAGAAAGUGUUUUUCCUGCUCUCAUUGUAAAUAUGUUCUUUCAGAUCUUUAAUAUAUUUACUCUUGUUUAUUAUAGUGUGCUGAUUUUGUGGUAUAUUUUUUCUGUAUAAAGGCAUCUUGUUUGUGUAAGUUACUUACCUGAAUAUGUGGAUAACAGUCAUGCUAUGUGUUUCAAACCGUUGAGUAGAGUUCAGUUUCUACAAAACUCAGUAUUAUCUUGUCACAUUUUUAAUUGAAUGGUUAUAGAGUUACAAAAACUCUGUCUCCUGCACUGUCCUGCGAGCACUAUGUAACUAAGACCCUGCCUUUCUUAUCAUUUAAAAAACAACUUAGAGAAAGCAAUAAUGAGUUGUUAUUUAUAACGUGUGUUGUCAAAGAUUAAAGAUAAUAUUGACAAUAACUGA